AACUUCCGUCGUGACGUAGCGCUGCUCCCGGUGCGUUAGCCUCGGAAACACUUAACGUUAGCCUUAUUUAGCCACGGUGUCAGCGCUUAAUAAACUUUAUUAGCGCUAGAUAUCCUAUUUCAGAUUUCAGUUUUUUAUUUUUUUUCUUUAGUGAGUGUCAGACAUGGACGACGACUUACCCAAAACCCUCUAUGUGGGAAACCUCUCCAGAGAUGUCACGGAAAUUUUGAUUCUCCAACUCUUCACUCAGAUUGGGCCCUGCAAAAGUUGUAAAAUGAUUACAGAACACACAACAACAGACCCGUAUUGCUUUGUGGAGUUCUUUGAGCACAGAGAUGCUGCUGCAACUCUUGCGGCCAUGAACGGCAGAAAGAUUCUGGGAAAGGAGGUCAAAGUAAACUGGGCUACUACUCCAAGUACUCAGAAGAAAGAUACAUCAAAUCACUAUCAUGUUUUUGUGGGUGAUUUGAGUCCUGAGAUCACCACAGAAGAUAUCAAGGCUGCUUUUGCUCCAUUUGGCAGUAUCUCGGAUGCUCGUGUUGUGAAGGACAUGACCACAGGCAAAUCAAAGGGGUAUGGAUUUGUAUCCUUCUACAACAAACUGGAUGCUGAAAAUGCUAUCCAGCAUAUGGGUGGUCAGUGGCUUGGAGGACGUCCAAUUAGGACAAACUGGGCAACUCGGAAACCACCAGCCCCAAAAAGUGUCCAAGAAAGUAGCUCAAAGCAACUUCGUUUUGAGGAUGUGGUGAACCAGUCCAGUCCUCAGAACUGCACUGUUUACUGUGGAGGAAUUCAGUCCGGACUUACUGAUCAUUUAAUGCGACAGACCUUCUCAGUUUUUGGACAGAUAAUGGAAAUCCGAGUCUUUCCAGACAAAGGAUACUCUUUUGUCAGGUUUUCCUCUCAUGACAGUGCAGCUCAUGCCAUUGUCUCUGUUAACGGCACAGUCAUAGAGGGCCAUGUUGUGAAGUGCUACUGGGGUAAAGAAACUCCGGAUAUGGCCAAGUCUACACAGCAGGUUGACUACAGUCAGUGGGGGCAGUGGAACCAGGUCUAUGGAGGGGCUCAGCAGCAGCAGUAUGGCCAGUACAUGUCCAAUGGAUGGCCUUCAUACAAUGUGUACAACCAGACAUGGAGCCAGCAGGGUUAUGGAGUCGACCAGUCACAGUCAUCCUGGAUGGGGAGUUUUGGAUCCCAACCUGCUCAACCGGCACCCACGUCCAGUCCGGUAAUGUCCAACAUGGGAAACUAUGGCAUGGCUGGAUAUCAGACACAGUGAGCUGUCAGCAUGAAGCAUUAAACCAACUGUUGAGCAGGACCGUACUGACAAAGCCAGUGUAAGCGCACGCAAUUAGUGGAUCAAAUUCACGCUAUUGUCAAAUGUUUAUUUGACAUAAAACAUUUCAUCAUACAUUUCCUCAUGUUGCAUCUUUUUUGCUGCAACACAGUGUCAUGACACUUUUAAAAUACCAGCAACAAAGGGCAUGUAAUGAAAUCAACUAAUUAAUUCAAACAAUUAAAAUGAAUCAAUAAUUCAAGACACAUUUGUCCCUAAACCCUUGUAGUAUUUAUUGUGUGAAGAAAAUAUUUUGCUUUGGCUUGUCACUUAGGUCCUGGCACAUCAGGUGUGGAUUCCCAGUUAAAAAGGUAUUUGUCAAAACUGGCUUUAAAAUAGAUUUUGUACAGACAUUUCCAGCUCACAUAUUUAAAAUUACAAAAACAACUUUUGUUUUGGGGUGUACAGCAUGUUUUAGCAAACUUUUAUUGUUUUUUAGUUUACACCCUUCAGUAGAAUAGAUGAGUAAUCCUGCUGUAAACAGGGUCAACAUUGUAAAAGGUAAUACACCUGCCCAUCUUUUUAAGAAAAAUAAUUGGUUUUGACUUGUUUUGACUUGAAAAUGUCCCACAAUUCACUUUGUUUCGAAGGCCAUGAGGAAGAACAACUUUUUGUGUUUAUAAUAAAAAUGUUCUUAUAUUAGCAAAGAUAGAACCACCAAUCUCAAGAUACACUAAACAAACUUCACUUGUGCAGUUACAUUUAAGCACAGUAAAAACAUACUGAUUUAAAAACUACUUCCCACUGAUCUUCUCAGUUUUAUUUUCACAUGUGCCAUUAUGUACAGAUUUGUGUACCAUUUGCUUGCCCCACUCUCCUCAUUAAGGCUGACUUAAUUUAAUGUAACAAAGAAUAUGUUGAUCGCCCGUGUAAAUAUUUAAUGUUGAUUUUUCCAUCACCUGCAUUACAUUGUAAAUACUGUACCUAUAAGUCCAUUGUAAAAUUUAACAGUAUAAUGUAUAAAUAAGCCUUAAUCCACAUGUUUGUAGAAUCAUUUGCUGAGAGCCCUUUCAAAUCUAAAUUCCUUUUGUUUCAUUUGUUUAUGUUGUGCCAUUUACAGAAAGCAGCAGGAUGUGUUACUUUGAACUGCACACUCAUGUCUUGUAAUAUAUUUGUUGAAUUUCUGAAUGUAUUUGAGAUUUACUUUGAAGACCAUAGCUCAAAUGAGUUAAGCAACAAACAUGUGUUCACUGUUAAAGGAUGCAUUUUCCACUUCGAAUCUCUACAAAUAAAGAAAAAAUUCAACUCCA